AUGGCAACCUCUGAAGACUGGCUCGUGGCCAUGAACGACCCGUAUAUGCAGCAAAUAAUCGACGGAACCAAGAACUACGAAUUCCGCAAGUACAACAUGUCCGGCAUCAAGCGCAUGUGGUUUUACCGGACCGCGCCUCACUCCGCCAUCACCCACGUCUGCGAGGUGUCCGCCGCUGCAACUCGCAACCCCGGCGACGCGCCUCUCCCCGAGAAUGGCGAGGGCAACAAGGAAUUCAACGACAAGCAUCCUGAUUGGAACGGCUAUGAGUUCGCCUACCGCAUCAACUCUGUCUACCAGAUCAACGCCCCCGGUGGCAUCACCUUGCAACAGAUGAGAGCAGAGCAUGGAAUGAGGAGUGCUCCCCGCGGAAGGGUCAUGCUGCCAGCAUCUAUCUCGGAACAGCACCCUUGGGACCAACAGACCAAGGUGCUCUAA